AGCCUUUAGUUAUUACACAACUAAAACCGGCUUUUGUCUGAUUCCUACAAGUUAACAAAAAGGAUCAAAAUUUGGCAUCGCACUCUGUUUUGUGGAAGCCACAUAUGUGUGCAGUAACAUGAAAAUAAGUUGCAUAAAAAAAUUGUUCCUAUCCUACACCGGACUUGGGAUUCAUCGUCUCUUCACUUACCACAACUCACAGUUUUCUGAAAAUUUCGUUAAUCAGAGACCAACCCUGUUGAAAAUCUCAAUACCCAUUUCUCAGAGGCCCAAAACUUAGUACUUUCAUACCUUCAAAAGCUCAAUCCUCAACCUUUUGGUCAUUUUAAUGGUGGAAAAGGUGGUAAACUUCCAUCAUUUUUGAGCUUUUUAAACCCUUUAUUUCCUUUAAAUAGAGAGUUACGACUCGCGAUUUCUGAAAGUUUCAUUAAUCAGGGAACACUGAGUUCAAAAUUCUCAAUACCCAUUUCCCAAAAUCCCAAAACUCUGUACUUUGAUACCUUCAAGAGUUCAAUUUUCAACCUUUUGCUCAUUCUUAUGGUGGAAAGCUGGUAAACUUCCAUCUUUUUUUAGCUUUUUAAACCCUUUAUUUCGUUAUAGAAACAUGAGUUUAGGUUGUUAUCAAACCAUUCUGUUCCCUACAAAAGGGAAGUCGGGUUUUUCGUCCUGGAAUCCAUUGAAAAACUCACAAUUGAAAGGUAACAAGAUUAGUGGUGUCGAAUUCAGCAACUUUCACGUCAUUCAAAGGAGAAAAGGCAUUCCUAUGAGAUUGAAAUCCCUGUUGAGUGUAGACAGUGCGGUGGAGAUAGAGGGAAAGGAAGGAGUCAAUACGGGGAGUAAAUAUGAUGCAAUAGUUAUAGGGUCAGGGAUAGGAGGGCUUGUUGCAGCUACACAGUUGGCUGUUAAAGGAGCCAAGGUUUUGGUACUGGAGAAGUAUGUGAUUCCUGGAGGGAGUUCUGGGUAUUACCAGAGAGAUGGAUAUACUUUCGAUGUAGGAUCUUCUGUCAUGUUUGGAUUCAGUGAUAAGGGGAAUCUGAAUUUGAUAACUCAAGCAUUGGCUGCAGUCGGGCGUGAGAUGGAGGUGAUUCCUGAUCCAACUACAGUUCAUUUCCAUCUACCGAAUAACCUUUCCGUUCAAGUACAUAGAGAAUACAGUGAAUUUAUCAAUGAACUUAUUAGUAAAUUUCCACAUGAGAAGGAAGGGAUCCUUAAAUUUUAUGGCGAGUGUUGGAAGAUCUUCAAUGCCUUGAACUCGUUGCAAUUGAAGUCCCUCGAGGAACCAAUCUACCUUUUUGGACAGUUCUUUCAGAAGCCUCUUGAAUGUUUGACACUUGCUUAUUAUUUGCCCCAAAAUGCUGGAGAUAUUGCUCGAAAGUACGUGAAGGAUCCUGAUUUGUUGUCUUUCAUUGAUGCUGAGUGUUUCAUAGUGAGUACAGUUAAUGCUUUGCGGACACCAAUGAUCAAUGCAGGCAUGGUUCUAUGUGACAGGCAUUUCGGUGGAAUUAAUUACCCUGUUGGUGGUGUUGGUGGAAUAGCAAAGUCUUUGGCCGAAGGCCUGAUCGAUCAGGGUAGUGAAAUACUUUACAAGGCAAAUGUGACUAACAUUAUAAUUGACCAAGGGAAAGCUGUGGGGGUGAAAAUUUCGGAUGGAAGGGAGUUCUUUGCUCAAACCACAAUAUCAAAUGCUACUCGAUGGGAUACAUUUGGGAAGCUGUUAAAAGCAGAAAACCUUCCAAAAGAAGAAGAAAAUUUUCAGAAAGUUUAUGUUAAGGCUCCAUCAUUUCUUUCGAUUCACAUGGGUGUUAAGGCUGGCGUUCUGCCUCCUGAUACUGAUUGUCAUCAUUUUGUGCUCGAGGAUGACUGGACGAGAUUAGAGGAACCAUAUGGGAGCAUCUUCUUAAGCAUUCCAACCGUUCUUGAUUCAUCAUUGGCUCCAAAAGGGCGUCAUAUUCUUCACAUAUUUACUACUUCUCCUUUAGAAGAUUGGGCAGGGCUUCCACCAAAGGACUAUGAGGUGAAAAAGGAGCUAAUAGCUGAUGAAAUCAUCGGAAGGUUGGAGAAGAAACUAUUCCCGGGACUGAAAUCAUCCAUUGUUUUUAAGGAGGUAGGGACCCCAAAGACACACAGACGGUACUUGGCUCGUGACAUGGGUACUUAUGGACCGAUGCCUCGUCAAAUUCCCAAGGGCUUAUUAGGGAUGCCGUUUAAUACAACGGGUAUUAGUGGUCUUUAUUGUGUCGGUGAUAGCUGCUUUCCGGGACAAGGCGUUAUAGCAGUUGCUUUUUCAGGCGUAAUGUGUGCUCACCGGGUUGCUGCUGAUAUUGGGCUUGAGAAGAAGUCUCCAAUAUUGGACGCUGCUCUUCUUGGAUUACUUGGUUGGUUAAGGACAUUGGCUUAAGGUAAUAUCUCUCUUAAAGAUUUGGCUGUAAUUACCCAAGGUGUGGAUGUUAAGAUUUCGGUUCCCCAACUUGUUGAAUACCGCCUUUUAAGUGUAUAUUUUGUUGUUAUAAGCUUGAUUAUAAAGAGAGAGAGAAUCAAUGCACUAAUUAACAAA